UUUCUCCUUCAAUCUUUUCUUUUCUUCUCUUCAAGAAGAGAAACACAAGAUCAUGGCUUCGUUUCUAAAUAAUCUUUUCAGCUCCCCUUACAAAAAGUAUAAUUUCAAAGAUGAGCAGUUUAAUAAAGACCCUCUGGCGUGGUCGAGACCACUAGUUAGGCAUCACUGUGGCGAAUUCUCCAUGGCUGCAAUUCAGGCGAAUACGGAUAUGGAAGAUGAGAGCCAAGUUGAAGUUGGCACUGAUGCACUCUUUGUUGGAGUUUAUGAUGGACAUAAAGGGAUGAUUCAGCAGAAUAAUAACUCUAUGAAUGAGAUUAUUCUGAGGCAAGUUGUUGACCAAAUGGAGACAGAUUUUAAUGAGUUUGCUAGAAAUAGUUUUGAGCAACAUCAUGAGGUACAGAAUAGUUUUGUUAGUUCAGGUUGUUUGAUUUGUAUCAUAUGGAAAGGGACGUUAUUUGUCGCCAACGUUGGAGACUCGCGCGCUAUACUCGGUUCUCAGAAGGGCAUUGGUAAAAGAUUGGUUGUUAAACAGAUGGUUAGAGAUCACAGUUUUCUAAAUCCAAAUAUUAAACAAGAAUUCACUGAAUUGCAUCCAGAUUAUAAUAAUCGUAGUCGCUACCAAAGCAUUGAAGUUAAAGGCUUAAUCGAGACUAGUAGAUGUAUAGGAUAUGCAUAUAUGAAAAAUGCACAGUUCACCAAAAGGAGAUCAUUCGAAAUCCCAUUGUCUGAAGUAGUGACUCCAACUUUUACAAGACCUUUGCUAUCAUCACAGCCAGAUGUUUAUUCAACAGUCCUAAGAGACAGUGAUAGAUUCAUUAUAUUUGGAUCUGGUGGAUUUUGGAAAUUGAUUUCAAAUGAGAAGGCUGCUAGAGUUGUUAACACCAGUCCACGAGAUAGAAUCGCUGAAAGACUUGUCACGCUUGCUCUAGAGAAGGGGGCUGCUAAAAGGGGGAAAAAAUAUCGUGACCUUAUAGAGAUUCCUAAGAGUAAUUGUAUUAGUGGGAACAAUGGCAAUCGAAAUUAUGGAUUUAGAUCGGCUUAUCAUGAUGAUAUAACUGUGAUUGUUGUAUAUCUGGACCAAAGGCUAAAUAGGGAGGGUGUGACGCCAGAGAUCAACUCCUAUACAGGCUACGAUUACGCAGUUCAACAAUCAGAAUUUACAAAUUUCUAUAAUAAUGCUAAUGCGUGA